CCCACAGCAUCAGCGAUGGCGGCCACCGUGGAGAGCGUCUUGGCUCAGGCCGAACGAGACGAUGCCGAGCGGCUUCGUCGGAUCACGGUGCACAAGGACAUCGAGGUGGAGUUCGACCUGGGCAACCUCACGGCGGUGGACAAGAACCCGCUCGACCUGGCCGAGUUGCGGAAAGAUAGCGCUGGUUACCUGAUGGCCCUGGCAAGAGACAACACACAGCUGCUGAUUAAUGAGAUUUGGAAAUUGCCGACAGAGCGCGUUGAUGACGUCAUCAUCGCAAAGCUUCCAAGCCCAACGACGCCUGUGCCCAGGGAGAGGCCGAUCCCCAAGGCUCGUCCGGCUACGCGCUGGGAAGAGUUCGCCAGCUUGAAGGGAAUCAAGAACAGAAAGAAGAGCCGGCGCGUGUGGGAUGAGGAGAAGAAGGAGUGGCGGCCACGCUGGGGUUAUAAACGCGCCAACGACAACACAAAGGACUGGCUCAUCGAGGUGCCGGAUCACGUCGACCCCAAUGAGGAUCAGUUCGCGAAGAGAAUCACCGCCAAGAAGGAGCGCGUGGCCAAAAACGAGCUGAACCGUCUCCGCAACAUCGCCCGCGGGCAAAAGAGGAGUGCACCUGCUGCGGGCGCCACGCCGCCUGAGAAGCCGAGCCGCGACGAUCUCGGGAAAGCCAUCUACGUGGCCAAGAGGGCAACGGCCUCCGUCGGCAAGUUUCAGAACAAACUGCCAAAAGAAAAAGAGGCCCGGAAUGUGGGGAAGAAGAGAAAGUUCUCGCCAUUGGUUGGAGACCUGUCCAAGGAAAAGGAGCAGCAGCUGAGUCUGCUGAAAGCCAUGAACAGCAAGAAGCCCAAGAUGGACAUCACCAGGGCCGUGAACAAGCAAAUUCGGGAGGAGCAAAAGGAGGCGGCUCUGGAGAGAAUGAAGAAGAGGGGCGGGAGGAGAGGUGGCGGCGGCGGCGGAGGAAGGGGUGCUGGGAAGAGGUCCGGAGGAUCGGGCAGAGGAGGCGGCGGCGGUGGCGGUGGCAGCUCUAAGAAGGGACAGGCUGGGAAAGGGCGGAAUUCUUUCUCCGGCAAGAUGGGGAGUAAGUUUGGCAGAGGUGGCAAGAGUAGUCGGGGUGGAAAGGGGAGAAAGUGAAUAGGGACUUGUGUAAAUUUGUGAAUACCUUUUCAAUAAAAGAAGCCGUUCCUUUUU